CUUUUUAUGACUUGUAAUUGGACCAGAGGCUUGUGGCUAUCAUCCCAUUUGGCUCUUAGGACAGGUGAUUUCAGAGAUGGUUUGGAGGCUUGGGUUCUCAGUAUGAAGAAGGUUUUACCAGCGGAUGAAUUUGAUAAUUUCAUUAUGAUCCUUUGGGGGAUAUGGAAGGCAAGAAAUGAUUCUGUUUUUAACAAAACUAAACCAGAGUGCCAGCAAAUUGUGCGAAUGGCCUUAAUGGUUAGACAGGACUGGCUGGAACAUCAAGAAGCUAGAGGAUCGAGAAUUCAAGAAGCAGCUUGCUGGAACCCACCUCCUCAGGGGUAUCUGAAGAUUAAUGUGGAUGCUGGGUGGUCAGGAAAGGAGGGCACAGGGUAUGGUUUGGUGAUAAGGAAUGCAGAGGGUAUUUUCCAAGUAGCAGCUUCCCUUUAUGUUGACCACCGAAUGGAUCCCCUUAUGGCAGAAGCCCUUUGUUUCAGAUGGAGCCUUAUGAAAGCAGUGGAAUGGCAGCUGGAUCAUUUAGUGUUCUCUUCUGACUGUCAACAGCUAAUUGAAGCUUUGAAGAAGCCAUAUAGUUUUCCUAUCUUACAAGCCAUUGUAGAAGACUGCUUAAGCAUAACUGAUAGCUUUACUGAUUUUGUUUUUACAUUUGAAAGCAGAAGCACCAAUAGGGUUGCUCAUACUCUUGCUGCUGAUAGUUUCUUGUUUUCUGAUUGUACUUGGUGGGGAGAUCCUCCUGUAGGGAUUCUUUUGAGCCUUGCAGCUGAUUUUCCUAAUUCUUAGUUGAAUACACGUAUUGAGUUCAAAAAAAGGCUUAAUAGCACUUUUGGUCCCCCACGUUUCAAAAAUGUGCAAUAUUAAUCCCCCACGUUUGAAAAUAGCAUAAUGGUACCUCCACGUUUGUCUCCGUUAAUAGUUUUGGUCCCUCAGCAAUUUUCCGUCCAAAAACUAACCGUUCUGAGGGUAAAUAUGUAAUUGAGCAAAAAAAAUUAAUUAAAAUAUUAACAACACUUAAAAACCAAGAAAAAUAUCCCCUUCUCAUCUCCCUCAUCAUCUUCAUCAACCUAGAAAACCCAGAAAAAAAAUAUUCCUCUCCAAAACAUCUUCAUCUUCCCUACAAAUAUAUCACCUUGCCCAUACAAUUAAUGCUUUGGGUCAAUUGUUCCAGUAGAAGGUGGUGUUGUAUGUUUAAAAAUCCUCAAAUCUCCCACACCCUCAUCUUCGCCCCCAAACCCAACCCUAAUUAUCCUCACUGUUCUCCAAUGCUCUGUUUCGAGAAGAAGGAAGAGAUGCCGCGGUUCUCGUUGAAGAAGAAGAUCCAUCCUUCCGCCGCUGCCGCCGCUGAUAAGAGAGUUUGGCUUUGGAUCCGAAUGCCCAGCCACCUUCUGAUCGGGUUUUAUUGCUGAAGGAACAAAACCCCUUUGUUCCCCGUUUGAUUUGAUUCCAUUGCUCGGUGCUAACUGUUGCUAUGGCUUCUCGCGGUUGCUGAUUUCAGAGGGCUUUACUUGGAUGGAUAUGGAUUCGUCUGAUUUGUCUUCUUCUUCGCCUUGCACUUCUCCCAUGUCUUCUUCUACUGCUUGCACUGCCUCUGAUGCUGUUCAGUUUAUGGGUCAAGAUGGUGAUGGUUGCAUUUCGUUCGCUUCCCCCAAACCUCUUUAGAUAAAAAACAACAAAACCAUCACCCAACCGCCAUGAAUCUGGUUCAGGGGUUAGCAAAUAUGGGUUUCGAAUCUGGGUUUUGGGGUCUGAUGUGAGAAACAUUUUACCAUCAGAACCCAGAAAUUUUACCCAGAACCCAGAAACAUUAUCUCCAAUACUGUUCUGAUUUUUGUUUCAAAUACCGACAACCCAAAACUUCAAUUCUAGAACCCAAAAUUCCCAGGUUCCUCCCACCUCUCCAACCUCUCCUCACCCAAAUCACCGUGGAGCUUCUCGCUUCUCCAAGACGCAGAACAAGCAAAACAGAGACACGAGGUUCUUUGCUCUCCAACGCCGUUUGAGUAGAUGAGUGUCCUAGAUUUUUUUUUAUUAAUUUUAUCAAUUUAAAUUUUAUUAAAAUUUCCAAGUCAGCAAAAAACGUUAGUUUUUGGACGGAAAAUUGCUGAGGGACCAAAACUGUUAACGGAGACAAACGUGGAGGUACCAUUAUGCUAUUUUCAAACGUGGGGGAUUAAUAUUGCACAUUUUUGAAACGUGGGGGACCAAAAGUGCUAUUAAGCCUAAAAAAAAAAAAAAAAGAAUUCAAAGUGCUCCACACGUGUAUAUAGCAAAAAAAGAUAAGGUAGAAGAUAACGGGAUAUGGUGAUUUUGAUCUUUUUCUUUAUGCUUAGUUGACUUGGCCUGUAAAUGGUGUGUGGGGAACCAUGAUUGGCACUUUUAUUGGUUGUCAACAAGUUAUAAGUUCCGUUGGAGAUGUCAAUUGAAGCACAACAUCUAGAAAAGUUGAUAGUGGGUUGUCAAAGUUGGAAAACUUUUUGGUGAUGGGUGGUAUGAGCUAAGCCUUGAGGUGGCCCCAUGAUAAGUGCUGCAGAUUCAACGUACUU